CCGACCUGGAUUCAGCCAUAUUCCCAGUGCUCAGCCACACCGGCAGGCGCUUCAAAUACUCCAAAAAAACCCGCCUGUAGUUCACCGGAGCGCUGCCUCCCGGUUCCGGUCGACGUUUCGAGUCUAACCGAGCCGGUUUCUGAUCACCUCGGAGCUUUUCCCGGCCUGAUAAACCGAGCUGCCAACAUGAAGCAGCGACCGUCAGCCUGAGCGAGUCGACGCUCCUCCCGACGUCCCGAUUUCCGAGAGGAAAGUCCAGAUUUAGCGGAUUAAAGCCGAUGCGGAGGGUGGACAGACACGGGCCUACAGGCUGUUCCGAGCGACGGUAACCAGCGGAGACGGUCACACUCACCGGACAUCCCGGCGGCUCAAAAUGUCGGGAAUGUUUUCGCGGAGCUAACGCGCUAGCUUAGCUGCUCGUAGCGGACUCGGCAGCAGGAAGCGGAGCCUCGGCGGCGGCGGCGGCGGCGCACACUCGGGCAGGGGCGGGCUGGUGGUGAGAGUUUCCACGGGACUACGGGCCAUCCUCCGCCGGGUCACGAUGUCUGCUCAGGAGCGUCUGAAGCGGCUGGAGGAGCUGCUGCUGGAGCAGAAGGAGGCUGGAUGUCUGAGCGUGGAGGCGCUGCUGGACCUGCUGCUCUGCUUCUACACCGAGUGCACCAACUCCCCGUUAAAGAGGGAGAAGCACAUCACCGACUUCCUGGAGUGGGGUCGCUGUGGUGAAGAUGAAGAACACUGAGAUGGUUUACGCCAUGAAGAUCCUGAAUAAGUGGGAGAUGCUGAAGAGAGCUGAGACGGCGUGUUUCCGUGAAGAGCGCGACGUCCUGGUGAAAGGAGACAGUCAGUGGAUCACGACGCUUCACUACGCCUUCCAGGACGACAACUACCUGUACCUGGUCAUGGACUACUAUGUGGGUGGGGACCUGCUGACCCUGCUCAGCAAGUUUGAGGAUCGACUUCCCGAAGACAUGUCCAAGUUCUAUGUAGCAGAAAUGGUGCUGGCCAUCCACUCCAUCCACCAGCAGAACUACAUCCACAGAGAUAUAAAACCAGACAACGUCCUGCUAGAUGUCAACGGCCACAUUCGGCUUGCGGACUUCGGCUCUUGCCUGCGCAUGAUGGAGGAUGGCACGGUCCAGUCCUCCGUGGCGGUGGGCACUCCGGACUACAUUUCUCCAGAGAUCCUGCAGGCGAUGGAGGACGGCAUGGGUCGCUAYGGCCCCGAGUGUGACUGGUGGUCUCUGGGAGUCUGCAUGUACGAGAUGCUGUACGGAGAGACGCCGUUUUACGCAGAGUCCCUGGUCGAAACCUACGGAAAGAUCAUGAACCACGAGGACCGUUUCCAGUUCCCCUCCCACGUGACCGACGUCUCAGAAGACGCCAAGGACCUGAUCCAACGGCUGCUCUGCUCCAGGGACCGCCGGCUCGGACUGAACGGCAUCUCGGACUUCAAGGGCCACCCGUUCUUCAACGGGAUCGACUGGGACAACAUCCGAUCCUUGGAGGCCCCCUACAUUCCCGACGUGUCGUCCCCCACCGACACCUCCAACUUCGACGUGGACGACGACGUUCUGAAGAACCCGGACAUCGCGCCUCCCGUGUCUCACACCGGCUUCACGGGGCAGCACCUCCCCUUCGUCGGCUUCACCUUCACCACCGAGAGCUGCUUCUCUGACCGCAGCGCCAUCAGCUGGACGGCGCUGGGGGUCCGGCAGAAGGACGGGGUCGACGGCGGGCAGGAGGUGGAGGCGUUCGAGAAGAGGAUCCGCCGCCUGGAGCAGGAGAAACAGGAGCUGAACCGCAAACUGCAAGAGUCCACGCAGGCCCUGCAGGCCCCGGCCCGAGGAGGGACUCUGACUCGAGACAAAGAGAUCAAGAAGCUGAACGAGGAGAUCGACCGACUCAAGAAGAAGCUGGCAGACUCUGAUAGGCUGGAGCACCAGCUGGAGGAGGCGGUCACGCUCAGACAGGACUACGAGAGCUCCGCCUCCAAACUAAAGACCCUGGAGAAGCAGGUGAAGACCCUGAGGCAGGAGAAGGAAGACAACCACAAGCAACUGGCCGACUCUCUGGAGCGCCUCAGGAGUCAGACGAAGGAGCUGAAGGAGGCGCGCUCCCAGAGGAAGAUGGCCGUUCAGGAGUUCUCGGAUCUGUCGGAGAGGAUGUCUGAACUCAACUCCUCCAAACAGCGCCUGACCCGUCAGCUCCGAGACAAAGAGGAGGAGAUGGACACACUCCUGCAGAAGAUGGACACCUUGAGGCAGGAGAUCCGCAAGACGGAGAAAAACCGUAAAGAGCUGGAGGCUCAGCUGGAUGAAUCCAAAGCAGAAGCAUCGAAGGAGAGGAAGCUGAGAGAAAACAGUGAGGUUUACUCCAAACAGCUGGAGACGGAGCUGCAGAGCCUGAAGUCUCAGCAGGGUCGAGGAGCAGCAGCAGGAGGAGGAGCAGGAGGCGCAGAGUCUCAGCAGGAGCUAUCCCGUCUGAAGGCGGAGCUGGAUAAGAAAGUCCUGUUCUACGAGGAGGAGCUGCUGAGGAAGGACUCGGCCCACUCCACCGAGCUCAAGACCCUCCGCAAAGACCUGCAGGAGUCCGAGGGGGGGAGGCUCGCCGCCAACAAGGAGCUGCUGCAGCUCCGAGACAAGCUGGACAAAGCCAACAAGGACAGGCAAACUGAGAUGGAUGAAGCUGUCGCUGCUCUGAAGGAGAAACACGACCGAGAGAAAAACCUGCUGACAAAAGAAAACCGUAAACUGACGACUGAGACGGACAGGCUGUGCUCGUUCGUGGAAAGGCUGACAGCUCAGAACCGGCAGCUGGAGGACAACCUCCAGGAUCUGUCGGCUAAGAAGGAGAGCGUGGCACACUGGGAGGCUCAGAUUGCAGAGAUCAUCCAGUGGGUGAGCGAUGAGAAGGAUGCUCGAGGAUACCUGCAGGCUCUGGCCACUAAGAUGACUGAGGAACUGGAAACCCUGCGCAGCUCCAGCCUGGGGACCAGACCUCUGCAAGCUGAAGGAGUCCGAGGAGAAGAAACUGGAGGCGCUGGAGCAGUUGGAGAGUCUGAAGAAGGAGAUGGAGGAGAGCCGCUCCCGCUCCGACAAAGGUCUGAAGCUCCCAGACUUCCAGGACCCCCUGUUUACUUACUUCAACACGUCUCCUCUGGCUUCAGACCUCACCUUCAGAGCGUCACUUUGCUCCGCCUCCUCUCUGCUCGCCCUGUGGGACGAACCUGGAGAUUUUGAAACCGCCUCUGUGAAAUCAGGGACCACACCCUCCUCACCUUCCUUUACCUUUGAGAACGAGGAAGGUAAAACGUCAGUCCCUCCCAGCCCCUCCCCCACCUUACAGAGCUCUGCACUGACCACACUAAAGCCCAAAGCCCACCAGCUGAGCAUCAAGACCUUCUCCAGUCCACUUUUCUGCUCUCACUGCUCCUCCCUGAUGGUGGGCCUCUGCCGACAGGGAUAUGGCUGUGAAGUAUGCUCCUUCAUCUGUCACAUCUCCUGUAAAGACCACGCCCCCCUGGUCUGUCCAAUCCCAGCCGAGCAGGCCAAGAGGCCGCAGGGCAUCGACGUCCAUCGAGGCUUCGGCACGCCGUACAAGGGCUAUGUCAAGAUCCCGAAGCCCAGCGGCGUGAAGAAGGGCUGGCAGCGAGCGUUUGCUGUGGUGUCCGACUGUAAGCUGUUUCUCUAUGACAUUCCUGAGGCCAAGUCGACUCAGCCGGGUGUGAUGGCCAGUCUGGUCCUGGACCUCAGAGAUGAAAAUUUAUCUGUCAGCUCCGUGUUGGAGUCAGAUGUGAUUCAUGCCACCAGGAGGGACAUUCCCUGCAUCUUUAGGGUCACGACUUCGCAGCUGGUCUCGCAGUUCUCCUCGGUGUCUCUGCUCAUCCUGGCAGAGAAUGAAGUGGAGAAGAAAAAGUGGGUCCGAGUCCUGGAGAGUCUGCAGAGCAUCUUGACCAAGAACCAGCUGAAGAGCCAGCAGGUCCAUGUCCUGCACGAAGCCUACGACGCCUCGCUGCCCUACAUCAAGACCACGCAGUGCGCCACGGUGGUYGAUCGAGAGAGAUUCGCUCUGGGAACAGAAGAUGGGCUGUUUGUGGUAGAAGUGACCAGAGACGUGAUCGUCCGAGCCGCUGACAGUAAGAAGGUUUGUCAGAUCGAACUCAUUCCCAAAGAGAAGAUCAUUGCUCUGCUCUGCGGUCGAAACCGCCAGGUCCACCUUCACCCCUGGGGGGUUCUGGAGGGCUCAGACUCCUCCUCCGACAGCAUCAAGCUGGGGGAAACCAAAAACUGCCAGGUCAUGACCACAGGUGUGCUCCGGCCCGGAGGCCCCGCCUGUCUGCUGGCCGCUGUCAAACGUCAGGUUCUGUGCUACGAGAUCAUUCGAACGAAGCCGUAUCAUAAGAAGCUGUGGGAGGUGCAGGCCCCGGACAUCGUGCAGUGGCUGGGGAUGCUCCGAGACCGGCUCUGCAUGGGUUAUUCCUCCGGCUUCGCCCUGCUGGCCAUGCAGGGGGAGACGUCCCCCAUCAGCCUGGUGAACCCGGGYGACCCCUCCCUGGCCUUCCUGGCCCAGCAGCCGAUGGACGCCCUGCACGCCCUGGAGGUCGGCGCCAACGAGGUCCUGCUCUGCUUCAGCAAGCUCGGCAUCUACGUGGACGGACAUGGUCGCAGGUCCCGGACCCAGGAGCUGAUGUGGCCCGCCACGGUGCUAGCAUGCUGCUCCAACUCUUCUCACCUGACGGUCUACAGUGAAUAUGGGGUUGAUGUUUUUGAUAUUCAGACCACAGAGUGGGUCCAGACCAUCCCGCUCCGCAAGAUCCGACCUCUGAAUGUUGAAGGGACCUUAAACCUGUUUGCUUCAGAGCCUCCUCGCCUCAUCUUCUUCAGCAACGCCUCGUCAGAGGGUGACCUCACCAUCCCAGAGACCAUGGACAACAGCAGGAAGUCCAUGUUCCGGACUCGCAGCAAGAGGAAGUUCCUCUUUAAGGUUCCUGAAGACGAGCGGCUGCACCUGAUCAG